GCAAGCCGACGUUUCUCACGAGGCCGCAACAAAAAUCAAAAUGCGCCAUGCAUUCUCGCCCCCUACAUAUACGCCCCCAAUCAGUCGACCGAGAAGACACCAAGGCAGACGCGCGCCAUAGCUAGCUCACCUUCAUCGUCGCAGAAAUAGCAGCUAGCUCCAAGGCAAUGGCGGGCGUGAAGCUGCUCAAUUGCUUCGUCAGCCCGUUCGGGAACAGGGUGCGGAUCGCGCUGGCGAAGAAGGGCGUGGAGCACGAGGUGACGGCCGAGAACAUGGUCACCAAGGGCCCGCUGCUGCUGUCGUCCAACCCCGUCCACGGCAAGGUCCCCGUCCUCCUCGUCGACGGCAAGCCCGUAUGCGAGUCCCUCGUCAUCCUCGAGUUCAUCGACGAGGCGUUCGCCGGCGCCGGCGAGCCGCUCCUCCCCGCCGACGCCCACGCGCGCGCCAACGCCCGCUUCUGGGCCGCCUUCGUGGACGCCAAGAUGCCGGAGUGCGCCGCAAAGAUCUGGAAGGUGCCGAAGGGCGCGCCGGCGGUGGAGGAGGGGAAGAAGGAGAUGGUGGGCGUGUUGAAGACGCUGGAGGGGGAGCUGGGCGAGAAGCCCUACUUCGGCGGCGACGCGCUCGGGUACGCGGACGUGGCGCUGGUGACCUUCACCCCCUGGUUCCUGACGUACGAGCGGCUCGCCGGGUUCAGCAUCGCCGAGGAGUGCCCCGUGCUGACGGCCUGGGCGGCGCGGUGCGCCACGGAGAACGAGUGCGUCGCCAAGUCGCUGCCGGACGCCGAGGCCGUGUACCAGUUCGUCGGCGGCAUGAGGAAGCACUUUGGCCUCGAGUAGCUAGGCUUUGCACCGCCAGCUACGCCACGCCAGUGUGAUGAGUCUACAAUAAGCUAGCCGGCUAGCCGGCCGGCACUACUUGUCGCAUGCAUGCAUGCAUGCAUGGUCGCGCGCGCAUGCCUGUGCGCAGAGUGCGAUCGCGCGUCUCGUUGUCGACUGCAAUGUUGUUUCCUCCGUCCCAGUUGUUUCUUCUUUUAUUUGGGGACUGCUAGCUCCGUGCUUUGUGCACGACCGGCGAUCGAUUUCCAGUUUCUCAGCAGCGUCGUUCAUCGACCGUGUCAUCAGAUCAACCAAGAAAUAAAAAAACAGACACGACACUGGCCUGUUCCAGCGUGUGUGUAUUUGUUUCUGGUGAAA